UUACAAGUAAUCGAAGACACCACCAUCUGACUGCCACUUCUUCCUCACAGCCAAGGCCAGCACUUCAAACACCAUGUUGUUCACCGUCAUUCUGCCGCCACAGAUUGAAUCAAGAUAAUUCCACACCUACUCAACAUAAUAGUCCAUGGGUCCUUCACUUCCCUGGCCGACACCACAGCUACAGCUUUCAAAAUAGUGCGCGUGAAGCUUUCCAUUACUGUCGUGCAACCAUUAAUACACUGAUAAGCUUACCAGUAUUUCUCGCGUCCGUGUGAAUGAGCAACAUGGAAGAGGCGGAUGAGCACUCCCCUAAACUUACGUGCAUCCAGCGUGUUAGCUACACCGUGGUCAACACUUUGGAGAGCUUCUUUUAUAGGUAUGGGCACAGCGUGGCCUCGCACCCCGGCCGCUACAUCGCCGUCAUCCUCCUCAUGACGGGGCUCAGCUGGAUCGGUUUCCUCAACUUCAAAGUCGAGGGCCGCUCUGAGAAGCUAUGGAUUCCACAGAACUCAGACUACGUGAAGACCUUGGAGUGGCAGAAGGAAAGCUUCCCUCAACGCCAGCGCAUGGAGAUGAUACUGUACGCCGCAGAGAACGUCCUUACUGCCGACUACGUGAGGGAGAUGUACCGAAUACGCAACAUGCUGGCUUCCAUCGAGAUCACGAACAGCAAGGGUCAGAGCUUCAACCAAAGUGACCUCUGUGCCAGGGUGCCGGCACUCGGAGGGAAGCAGAGGAAAGAACUGCUCAAGCUAAAGGCACAGUUGUUCCCUGGGCGACAGCUGGACAUGGAGGUGGACUGGUCUCUCAUGGUGGACAAGAGGAUAUACAACAGGUUCUACAGAAGAAUGCCCACCGCCUGUAUUGACAUCAGCAUACUGGAGAUGUGGGGCUACUCUAACGCUACGGUCUUUGCCACUCUCACCGACCAGGACGUGAUCAAUGCCAUCAACACCGUCAACUUGAGCUCCACCUUCUCCUAUCCGAUGAAUUUCAAGGAGCUUCUGAGUGGAGUGACAACCAACUCCUCCGGCCACGUGGUAGCGGCGCGCACGGCCCUCACACACAUGGUGAUGCAGGUGUCCACGGCCCGCAUCGACGAGGAAGUCACCAAUCAAGCAGGACUGGGUGAAGCGGUGGAUCCAGAACUCUUUGCCUGGGAAGGGGAGUACCUGAAGGCUCUGGGAGAGGCCAACGUCACAGGUGGUCUUGAGCUCUACUACCAGGCACAACGAAGUUUCAGUGAAAUCAGUGAAAAUACAAUUUUUGGGGAUGUGUUCUAUCUCGCCUUGGGAAAUGCCAUCCUCUUCAUCUAUGUCCAGCUCAUGCUUGGAAAAUUCAACAUGGUGGAGAACAGGCCCAUCCUGUCUAUGCUGGGGAUGCUGACAACCUAUCUGGCAGUGAGCAUGGCAUUUGGCCUGUGCUCUGCUGUGGGGCUCCUGUACGGGCCUGUCCACAACAUUCUUCCGCUCCUCAUGAUUGGCCUUGGAGUGGACGACAUGUUUGUCAUUGUUCAGUGCUGGCAGAACCUCGACCAUCAGGAACGUCAGCUGAAUCUGCAUAAGAGGAUGGGGCAAGCCUUGCGCCAUGCUGGGGUUGCCAUCACCGUCACGUCCAUGACAGACUGUGGAGCAUUCCUCAUUGGUGCCACCACGGUGUUGCCGGCCCUCAGGUCUUUCUGCAUCUAUGCUGCCGUUUCAGUGCUAAUCUUGUAUGCCUUCCAAGCAACCUUCUUCGUGGCCUGGUUCACAUGUGAUCAAAGGCGAGUGGAAGAAAAGCGAAAUGGUCUGUUUUGGUGCUACAAACACAAAGACUGGGAGCCCAACAAAUGCUCACAGGUGGAUCUGGCUUCCCAAUUCUUUGACAAGGUGUACACUAAGGUGCUGCUUCUCAAACCUACCAAGGUGUUGGUGUUCCUGGUGACAGCUGGACUGCUUGGGGUCAGCAUCUGGGGUGUGAUGCACCUCAGGCAAUACUUCGACCCGAUUCUGUUCAUCCCUCACUCAUCCUAUUUAUUCCAGUUCCUGUCAAAGCUCUUGCAUUUUUACCCGCAAGCAGGGGAGAGAGGAACAAUCUACUUUGGUGAACUGAAUUACCCACAAGAACUGUACAAGAUUGGAGCUCUGGGAGAGGCUCUAGAGAGGAGUGAGGGUGUGGCAUCAGUGAACUCCUGGUAUGACCUGAUGGCUGACUACACCUUGAAGGACAUGGGAGAGGAUAUUAGAGGAAAGGAGUUAAAUGAAACAUUUUUCCAAGAAAUCCUGUCCUCCUUCCUGUUCUCUCCUUCUGGCACUCGCUUCCAGUCAUACUUCCACUUUGACGGAAACCUGACCAUAGCCCAGCCCACACCCAGAGUUACAGCUUGCAAGUUUGAUUAUCAACACAACAGCAUAGAGGGAAGAAAUGAACAAAUAGCAGCCAUGGAUGAAGUGAAACAAUUGGUCCGUGAUGCUCAGUUUUCAGACAUGGCAGCAGCAACAGCCUACAUAUACUCCAGCUGGGAGACCAACAAGGUGAUAAUGGAAGAAUUAAUGAGGAAUCUGUGUCUGGCAAUGGUGGCUGUAUUCAUCAUGACACUCUUCCUGCUGGCGAACAUCGUGGCUUCACUCUUUGUGCUGAUUUGUGUAGUCCUCACUCUUGUGAAUGUGAUGGCCCUGAUGUCAUGGUGGGGCCUGACCAUUGACAUCAUUACCUGCAUCAAUCUGGUGCUAAGUAUUGGUCUCUGUGUUGAUUAUUCAGCCCACAUUGCUCUCCACUUCAUGCAGGUGAAGGGAUCAAGAAAUGAGAGGGCAAGAUGUGCACUGAGAGAGAUGGGACCACCUGUCAUUAAUGGUGCUUUCUCCACUUUCCUUUCCUUUGUCCUGCUUGCUAACUCAGACUCUCAUGUUUUCCUCUCCUUCUUCAAAAUCUUCCUUGGGGUGUUCAUCUAUGGAGUCUUCCAUGGACUUGUAUUCCUGCCUGUGCUGCUCAGUGUGCUGGGCCCUGCACCUUACCUCAAGCCACACCACCUGCCAGGAAGAGACCAGGAUGAGGGGCAGCUCAGAUCCUUAAGGGAUAGGAUGAAACCACAACCUCUGGAACAAGCAGAAGGCAGCUAGGGCCACUUUUAUACAAUAUUAAGAUCAAUACUUGAGAAUGAACUUCAUGUAAUAUUUAUAAGGAAUUUUAGAAUGCUGCACAAAAUUUAUAUCUUGUUCAUAAUGUACAUAGUGAUUUGCACUUUGGGAGGACAAUUUUUGAGGAUUCCUUGAAGGUCCCAAUUGCAAACCUUUCCACGUUAUACUCAGGGUACAGAAGCUAAAUUUGCUCAGCUGAGGAAAGUGGCAAUUUGUUUUUAUCAUGCCACCUUUGACUGACUGACUUUUAGGAUACAUGAAUAAGGGGAUGGAUGUGCUGGAUUGAAAGGAUUAUUUUAGGCAAAAGAAACUUUCCGGUGAUAUACUUGAUAGAAUGAUCACUUGAAAGAGCUCUAGAAAAUAAGAGUAAACUUAUGAAUUAAUUUACUACGAAGCUUCUAUAUUGGUAGCUGAGCCAGAAUACGAAUAAAACUAUGUAGGGGCAUUCAGUAUGUAUAUUCAAAAUUGCACAAUUUAUUUAUUUAUAUAAGUAACAAAUAUAUAAAAAUAAUUACAACUGAAUAUCAUAUACUCCCAUCACCAGUAUUAUGUAGACUUAUCAUUAUUACAUUUUUGCAUUUUCAACAAUGUAGAGCAACAGAGCCAACAAGACAACACCAAUGCACCUCAGACAGAACCAAAAUAUAAAUUGGCGACACGAACACUGACGGAAGGGGAAACGCUCGCGAAAAUAAAUAUUCUGAAUUAUUAAACAAAACAGAUACGAUAGAUGCACUAUGUAAACACAAUAGACAGACAGGAACACUCCUAUAAAUAUCAUUACAUCACAGAUAUCUUCUUGGAGAUAACAUAGAUUUUAAAAGACUUUGUGAUACUACUACUUAAAUAAUGAGAUUACAUUUUUUGUUCGAGAAACUUCCAUGCUUAGAAGUACUGCAAACCUUAUGAAAUAUAUGUGUACAACUGGAAUGUC